AUGGAUCAACAAGGGCAGCCUCCUGCAGCAACUGGGGUUGGAACUACUGCACCAGUCCCCUACGGAAUGUCUCCAUACCAGCCUAACCAGAUGAUACCUUCAACUCAAUCUCCAGCGCAGUUAGCACAGCACCAGCUGGCAUAUCAGCACAUCCACCAGCAACAGCAGCAGCAGCUUCAGCAGCAACUCCAGAGCUUCUGGGCCAACCAGUACCAAGAGAUUGAGCAGACGACCGAUUUCAAGAAUCACAGCCUGCCCUUGGCAAGGAUCAAGAAGAUCAUGAAAGCCGAUGAGGAUGUGAGGAUGAUCUCAGCUGAAGCUCCUGUCAUAUUCGCCAGGGCGUGCGAGAUGUUUAUCCUUGAGCUCACUCUGCGUUCGUGGAACCACACUGAGGAGAACAAGCGGAGGACCCUACAGAAGAACGAUAUUGCUGCUGCGAUCACCAGGACUGAUAUCUUUGACUUCUUAGUGGAUAUCGUUCCAAGGGAGGACUUGAAGGACGAGGUUCUGGCAUCUAUUCCGAGGGCUGGUGGACUUCCAGGUCCGGCUGAACCUGCUGUGCCUUACUAUUACAUGCAGCCUCCACAGGUGAAUGCUGUUGGUGGGAUGAGUGUUGGAAGGCCGGUGGUCGAUCAGGCAUUAUAUGGUCAGCCACCUCGUCCUUACAUGGCGCCACAGAUGUGGCCGCAUCAGCAAGAGGAAGAACAGCAGCAGCCACCCUCGGAUUCUUAA